UUUCAGGAUAGAAAUGUUAUUCCUUAUGCGCAGUCAAGAUGGCCCAAUAAGGAAGUUCCUUACGUUAUCGACAAAUCUCUGACCCAACAUACCGACCUAAUCAAAAGUGCGAUGAAGAAUUACCACGAUUUCACAUGUCUGAAAUUUGUACCCAGAACAAACCAAAGGAAUUAUAUCAAGCUUUUCUUUGGACAAGGAUGUUAUUCUUAUAUUGGUCUGAUCAAUCGCGGAGAACAACUAGUGUCUCUUGGACAGGGAUGCCACUAUAAGGGAAUCGUUGUACAUGAGCUGGGGCAUGCCAUUGGUUUCUUCCAUGAGCAUAGCAGAUCUGACAGAGAUAAAUAUGUUACAAUCUAUUGGCAGAACAUCAAAAAUGGAAUGGAACCACAAUUCACUAUUCUACGACCCAACCAAAAUCUCCUUCUGACACCUUUUGAUUAUGACUCCAUUAUGUUAUACGGAAACUAUGCUUUCUCCAAAGAUAACAAAUCUAUGACCAUCGCUGCAAAGGACGGCAGGCCACUUAAGGAGCCUUAUCAAAAACCUGGCCUUACCAGCAGUGACAUCAAACGUGUCAAUCUGAUGUAUAAAUGUUGAAAUGCAAUUUGUUUGUAAGGUAAAUGGGAUUGUAGAAGACUUUGUCUUGAAACCAGUUUUAAUCUCUGUAUUGAGGAAAUGAAAUAAAUUUAUUAACAGCAACA